AUGUCCCAAGGUUCAAGACUCCAAGGCAAGGUUGCCAUCGUCACCGGAGGCGGUAAUGGAUUCGGUGCCGCUAUCGCUCGACGAUUUGGCGAAGAGGGUGCCAAAGUAAUCGUUACCGAUAUCAACGUGGAGGGCGGCGAGAAAGUCGCCGCGCAGAAUCCUUCCAACCUCAUCUUCCAGCGUCAAGAUGUCACACAAGAAGGGGACUGGAAUACGGUGUUAGAUUUGGCAUUCUCCAAGUUCGGACGAGUGGAUGUGUUGGUGAACAAUGCGGGCACUACUUAUCGCAACAAGCCCACAUCGGAGGUCACAGAGGAAGAGUGGGAGCGCGUGUUCAAGGUCAACGUGAAGAGCAUCUAUCUCGCCACGAAGGGCCUGAUGCCGCGUUUCAUCGAGCAAGGACAGGGCGGGUCGGUGAUUAACAUCUCCUCCACGGGAGCGAGUCGACCACGGCCUGGGUUGGUUUGGUAUAAUGCCACAAAGGGGGCAGUCACUAAUGCCACCAAAGGUCUCGCCGCGGAGUACGGUCCCCACAAUAUCCGAUUCAACACCGUCGCUCCUCUUCUUUCUGGGACUGGACUAUUUUCGAUGUUCACCGGUAUGGAAGAUACCCCCGAGAACCGAGAGAAGUUCAUCGGAAAUGUGCCACUGGGCCGCCUCACCGAUGUGGAUGAUAUCGCCAACAUGUGUCUGUACCUAGCCAGUGAUGAGGCUCGUUUUAUCAACGGCACCGAGAUUGUGGUGGAUGGUGGAAAGUGCGUUUAG